CUCUCAGCCCCGUCUCUCAGCAAGCCUUGCUCUUCUCGGAGCUCUAUUCAGAUUCUUCCCCUUCUCUCCAAUUCUAGCUCCAUUCUUCCCCUGUGCUCUAUCCCAUUCAUCAACAGCGAGCUUUGACGAGAGGCCUUCUGCUUCUCUAGCUCCAUUCGUCCCCUGUACUCUAUCCCAUUCAUCAACAGCGAGCUUUGACGAGAGGCCCUCUGCUUCUCUAGCUCCUCACAAGUGCAAUCAAGUUUGAGUAGGAGUACGAGCGAGGGACUCGAGAAAGAUGGGCAAAACCUCCGCGUGGCUUAGCUCAUUGAAAGUGAAGAUUCACAAUCACGUACAUGGAAAUCUGGACAGCAAGAGGUUUUCACACCUUCCUCAUCAGACGAGCAAGCUGAUCAAGGAUAGCGGUGUUGACAGCCAAACGACGUCUGGUUCAAAAUACUCAAGGUCGCAGUCGACGUCUCAAGGCGGCAAAAGUGCCACAAGUUCGUCCAGCGACGGUAGCGCAACAAACCAGAGGUCAUUGAAAUCACACAAGUCGUUGAAAUCGAGCGAUGGCAACGCGCUCGCUGCUGCUGCUGUCACCAACGUUGCGGUCAAGGAUUCGAGUCUUCCUUCAAUCGAUGGAGCUAAAGGCGCCAAGAAGAAAGUUUCGUCUCUGCCAGUGACCUCCGGACCCCCAUCUCCAAACUCGAUCAAAUUGCUUUCCGACUCUCCGAGCGGCCCGCAGCGGAAGAACUCGAUCACCGUCGUUGCAGACGUGGGAGCCAUCGUGCGCUGCAAUGGCGCCGCCGGACUUCGUCGGAUGCUGGAGGAAUGGGCAGCAAUCGUGAUUCAAACUGCAUUCCGGAAAUUCCUUGCCCGUCAAGCCCUCGGUGCUCUCAAAGGUCUGGUGCGCCUGCAGGCCUUGGUCAGAGGCCACAUGGUCAGGCGUAGGAUGCAAGCUUUGGUGCGAAUUCAGGCUCGCGCUUCUCACAGACGCAGCCGCACUGCGGACGCGCAAAGAUGGGGGAGUCAGACGUGGAUGCCGAGCCCUCAAGAUCCCGUCAUUGAUCAUGAAGUGAGAUCCAUCAAGAUCAGAAGAAGGCGACGAACUUCUGCAGGUGAUGCAGAAUACGAUGCUGGCAACUGGAACCAAGAAGAAUGCAGCCUUGCAGAGCUCCAGGCCAUGGUGAAGAUCAAACAACAAGCAGCAGCGGCAGGAGCACAAGCGCAGAGAUCUCGAGCUUCCGCAGUCGGAUCCCCGCCCCGAGACCCGCUCGAGAAGGAUGUGGCUUCGCAACGAGGUCGGGAACUGGCUUUCGCGUUGCUCAUGGCCCUCAAAGAAGAAAGGCAGGACCAGGACGAUGACGAUUGCUGAUCGCGAGUGUUGGACUUGAUAUACGUCAGUUGUAGCUAUUCUAGACGACACUGCGUUUUCCCAGAAGCAUACGUACACAUACGAGAUUACGGAGUCUCCGUGAGCCAUUGUAAUUUUAUUUAAGAUCACGAUCAUCAUCAGCGAACUGCUACUGACCACGAUGGUUCUUCACCAGGUUCUCAAGAACCUGAAUUGAUCCAGAACGCAGAUGGAGCAGUUCUGAUACCGCAGGUGGAGAUGGAGAGAUCAGUUGAUUGGUGGGCGGCAACUAGAGUACGCGGAUCCAUGAUAAUCAAAGUCUCAGAUGAAAUCGUUCCAG